AUGGUCAUGCCAUUUUGCUCAUAUUUACGCACUUCGAUUCUUUUCGCCGCCACCUUUUCAUUCUCUCAAACCCAAAUAUUCACAGCCCUGAUUCACAUGACAGAUUUUGUAGUAUUGGAACAAAGCUUCUAUUCAUAUUUGGAAAAGUAUUUACAGAAUAAACCCUCUGCUUCGUCCGAAUUUCACCGGUUUGCACACCUUGUCGGCCAACAUGUGAAAGAUAUUGAAGACGACGACAGGGAAGUAUUUCUUGGACAUCCUGUUAAUUCGUAUUUGCUUGUACGCCGUUUUUUUCGCGAGUGGAGAAUCGUCAUGGAAAAAUUGGCUGCGAUAGAUCCUGUCGCUAAAGGUAACGAAUAAUCUUUCCAGUCCUUUAAACAACAACAACAAAGAAAGUUAUUUUUGUCAGUAAAUGAAAAUCACCUUUUUAAUUGAUUAAUCCCACAGUGUUGGUAAGGACGGAAUUGUUCAUUGUUGUUCUAUUACAGCUAGAUACAUCAUACUUUCAAGUAAAUACCAAAAUGAUAAUUUGAUUAUGUUGUACUAACAGGUGUCCGUAUUCGCACUCAUGCAGUUUGUAUCCAUAACAGGGUUUAAAGAGAAAUAAGAAAUUUAAUCAAUCUCAACACUGAAAAAAGUCCAAACUUGAAGCAUUUAUACAACAAACUGUAUUUUGCACUUUUUUGCAAAGCUGUGCAUAUACCCUAUUGAUCUGGCUGAUCCGGAUAGAUUGAAACUAAAAUUGUAAUAAAUAUAGUUUCAAGAACCAUGUGAAACGAACCACGUGCGCUGCAACUCACAAGACUACAGAAAACUCGGGUACCAGCUUAUAUCAUUUGUCAAGAAACUUUCAAAGAAGUCACUGCUGCCUAAUGUUACGUUUUUGUGAGAGAAUUCUAAAUAUGUGCUGGGAGGAUGCUAUGUUCUGUGUAGUUUUAAUCACUGAUUAUCGAAUGAACAAACAUUUAAUCAAAAUUGCAAAAGGUUUCGUGAGCUUCGAGCAAGCGUGGUAAGACGCGAUGAAUCUGAAGCCGUAGACCAGUUUAGUAUGUAUCCCAAAGCUGUCACACCGUUAACUAUCAACAUUUCAGGAUGAGAUAUUUUCUGAAAACUCAAAACAACUUCAUACUCUGCCAUCGAGGAUGUUUUUUUAAUUAAAAAAAAAAAAAACUGAACAAUUUUCAUUUUCCAGAACUCUUUGAACUUAUAAAAGAAGACAACUCCUCUUAUCCGGAUAAACAAGUUUUACAAGGCUGUGCGUUAGCAAUUUUCCGGAUUCAAGAUGUCUAUAACAUUAGCGCAGAGAGAAUUGCCUCCGGAAAGCUAUCCCAUAAAACACUUAGCCCUGAAAUGGACGCAGCACACUGCCUGGAAUUAGGAUUUAUGAGACAUCAAUGGGAGCAAUACGAGGAAGCGUAUGGAUGGUUAAUAGAGGCCUGGAAACGAAUGAAUCCGCAAGACAAUAGCAGUGGAAUUACAACAAAAGACAUCCUUCAGUAUUUGAUUUGGGCGGAGUAUAAGGUAAUUUAACUAGAAAACUAUAUGUAACUUAUUACAAAAUUAAUUGAAUAACCGGCCUGCAUUGGCCCCUGGGGCAGCACUGUGACAUCUUCAUUAACGGCAGGGAGCAAGGCUAACAAUGGGACGGAAUAUAUUGUUUUCCAGCUGCUGGCAAAAUUCAAAGAGUGGUACCAACAACUCGGCAUGAGCCACUAGUUAAGGUCUCUAACUGAACCCAGGGGCACCCAACGAGAAUAUAGUUCAAAACCACUUAAACAUAGCAUUGUUUAACGUAUUUUAGUAUUAAACGGUAGAUAUAGGUAUAUUUUUAUCCCCUAAAAAUUUUUCAUCUGUUCGGAUCAAGUUCUUAGCCGAAAGUCUAGUGAUCCGAAGAUUAUAGGGAUCAAAACUUACCUUUUCGAAAAUUUCAGCCAGAAAAAAGGCUUCCGAAAAUUUAGGGUAAAAAGCCGUUUAAAAUGGGCAAUUGUACCAUUUUUUACAUGUUCAAAAAUCCUAGGAGAGGCAGGCAAGCAAGAAAUUUUACAACGAAUGUUGCGAAAAUUCUAGAUCUCAAAUCGUCUUCCGAACAGAUAUUUUCCGAAAAUUGACGUUGGGUUCUUUACUAUGAGUUCGGCCCUAAAUACUCCAUUCCGCUUUAAGCUGACUGGCCGGGAACAAUAUCGGAAAAGGAGGAAAAGAGUCAAGAUGGAGAGAGAUUAUGCACGAUUCACGCUGUAAAAUCGUUGAUAUCUGGUCGUUUCGCCCGCAGGUUGAUUCGCCCGAUGUGUAUUUGUCGUUCUUUAAGCCUCAGAAAAAGGAAUAAUCGUGGAACGACUGUGACUGCACAUGUGGAAUCCAAGGUUAACUAAAAUAACCUCUCGGGGAAGUAAAUCGAUCAUGUUGUCUAGCGAACGCUUUCGGGCGAAUCGACUUUCGGACGAAACGACCUCGAUCAAUUCAAUUCGUUUAGGUUAAAGAUCGUUCUUCACUAAUCCUUGUUCACACUGCAAAUAUGCGCCCGAUUUACCAUUCUUCCUCUUAAUAUCCGGCAUAAUCGUCCUUAUUCCUUGCCUGAGGGCAAGCUUUCCUGGGUUUCCGGGGGUACGGGGGUGGGGGAGGGAAAAGAGGAAGAGAGACGUGACUGCAAGCUCUCCUUCCUUUCUCGCCCCGCCGCCAGAGCUCCCCGGAGAGCUUGCUCGCAUGCUACCUUAUUACCCAUAUCUGGUUAGUGUGAUGUCCUUUAAUUUGCCAUGUUCACAAAUGCGUUGACUGCAAGAUAAACUAAAAUUGCACCGUGUCAUGAUCAGGUAUGAAAAAAACACUAAUGUAUGAGCUACAAUUUUUGUUACACUGGUAUAAGUUAAGAAAAAAUACAUCAGAUAUCGAAUAACUUUACUUUCUUCUCCUUCCAGACGGGUAGAAUUGAAAGCGCUCUUAAUCAUACCAACGAAUUGCUCAAAGAAGGUAUGGUUCUAUGAUUUAUUAUGAACCCUAAUCCAGUUAAACCUAGAUGCCUGUUUCCUGCCACCUCAUAGAACUUUUGGCGCGAGUUCAUGACCGCGGGAAACGCAACUCUUUCCCAUCUCCUAACAGAUUUUUCCAGGGAACAGCCUGGAACCAUUAUAAACCAAAAGGCGCAUUUACAGCCCGUUCACUCGUUUCGGUAGUAACUGGCGGGUUCUUUGCUCGCAUGUGAGUCCUUUUCCCCUAUAUGGUAAACUAUGUUGGUGAGUUGCAACACGCACGAAACAGCUGGCUCUGCGCAUGCGUUAGGUACUUAAGUGCUGGCCAUCCUUGUGAACUGGCCAUCCCACGAAGUUCCACAAAAGAGUUUGGUUCCAUUUGAUUUCUACUCUACGUUCUUUAAUACGUUUAUUUAAUAUUGCUCUAUUUUAAAAACUGCAAUAAAGGCGAUAUUCCGACGAGAUUAACAAAUCCAUUCAAGUAGCAUUGUAUGUGUUUAGUUUUUGCUUAGAUUUUUUAUUAUUCUGUUUUAGAACCUGACGAUGAAGUAUUACAACAAAACAAGAUGUACUUCGAAGACAGAGUGCAUAAGAUGAAGGAUGGAGAGUUAAGUGAGGACGAACGUGAUACUGAAGAUGAAGAGGAAAAAUCUGAUGCUAGCAAAAAAGUAAAAUCAAAAGAAGAAUACAUAUUGCGUUAUGAGCAACUUUGCAGGGGCAAUUCAAGUAAGGUACAAAAAUAUUUUUAGUGCUCUGAAUACGAGAGCCAUGCAAAAAAAAAUGUAUCAUAGGAUAAAGUACUUUAUUAUAUAUAUACCAAUGAAAUACCAAGUGAGCUUUCAGGCGAAAACUUGAUAUCUUUACAUGUGAAAACAUCACUGUUGCUGAGGCUACAUAAUAAAUCGCACCUUUCACACCAAAAAACUAUUUAAAUAAAAUGGUUUGUAUUUUAUUGGUGUUUAUAUAAAAUAGAACAUUACAUGGUAGCUUGGAGAUACGAAAUUUCACUUCUCGUGUUGACAAAAAUAUUUCACGAGUGAGCACAGCGAACGAGUGAAAUAUUUUUCAACACCAGAAGAGAAAUUUCGUAUCUCCGCGAGGCUAUAUAAUAUCCUCUAAAUAAUCAUUAAGGUUAUCCACAACUUGAGGAACUGUGGAAGCCUAACGAUACAAGAGCACAAAGAAAUGUAAGCCAAGCGCGAGAAUUUCAUGAGUGGGAAGAAGGACAAAAAGCUGCACGGAUAUCCAAAGCCGGCUCAGAAUAUUUCGACCACAGCUUCAUAAAAUGAAGAAGAGGUUAUUUAAUGAAUAGCUAGGAUAAUAAAUGAAGGUAGAAAGGAAGGAAGUAAUGAUAUCUUUGACGUAUUCGCCAAAACCCUUUGGUUUUUAUAGAGUCAAGCUGACCAAGAUAAGCUGACAUGCUACUACUACGACAAAGAUCCUUUGCUACUCAUCAAACCCGUAAAAGUUGAGAUGGCAAAUCUGGAACCAGAUAUUUACCUUCUACACGACAUCAUCCGAGAUUCAGAUAUUGAAUUCAUUAAAAACCUUGCUGCUCCAAGGGUAGGUUUUUACCAACUUAUUUACGGCACGCUUGACACUUGCUGGAAGAUAGCUUAUAGAAUUAAGGACCUCAUCUUUUCUUGGGUAGCACCAGGAAAAGAAAAGUUCAACAAGCUUGUUCGUUUUGACCUUUUGCAUUAACGGUGGUACCCCUCCAUGUAUAAGCCCCUCCAAAUAUAAGCCCCCCAAACUCGUAAAAUUGCCCAGCUCCAAAUAUAAGCCCCCCCCUGGGGGCUUUUUCCUUGGAAAUUUCCCUCAAAUACAAAGCAAAACAAAGCAAAAACGGUAAAUUUCGUUCCAACUAUAAGGCUAGCCCAAUCGAUUUUGAAACGCAAAUUUCUCUCCAUAGAUAAGCCCCUCCGAGUAUAAGCCCCUCCAAAAAUUAGCCCCUCAAAAAGGGCCUUUGAAAAAUAUAAGCCCAGGGGCCUAUUUUCGAAAUUUUACGGUAUUUGUUUUUAGUGUGUUUGGUUUGUUCCUUUUCAAAAACGCACUUCAUUACGUUGACCAUGCGAUUUCCCGCCAAAAAGCGCGGGCCUAGCCCAUAAAAGUCUACACACACGAAGAUUCCUUUGCGCACAACUACGGAGAGAAAAUCACGUGACCACCUUAAGUUUUCAGCAACACCGUUUAUAGGUCUCGACUGGUGUGUGCCUUUGGUGUGAGCGGGCUUUUGCUACAGUAAGCUGAAAGUAAUGAUGAUGGUGAUAAUAAUAAUAAUAAUAAUAAUAAUAAUAAAUUGUCUAAAUUAUUGAAUAAUAGUAAUAAUGAUGGUGAUGACGAUGAUGAUAAAUUAUCUAAAUUUUUCAUUAUUUAUGCAUUGUCUAGCUUCAGAGAGCUUCUAUUACAAACGGAAAAACUGGGAAUCUGGAAUAUGCUGAUUAUCGGAUCAGUAAAAGGUAAAAGAGUUUAAGACAAUCAUACCCCUGUAUAUGUGCACAAUAAUAAAUAUUUAAAAAACAAUCUUCCUCACAGCUUAUUGAUUGAAGUUUGUUUAUUUCCUACUAACCCGGAAAUUCCAAUGUUGUAUUUCCUAACCACUCAAAACCUCUUAUUAUCUCAGUGGAUGGUUAGAAGAUUACGAAGGAGAAGUCAUUGAACGGCUGAGUUUAAAGUUAGAGGCUGUGACAGGAUUGUCAACUGCCAGAAUUCACAGUGAAGCGCUCCAGGUAAUACAAUCUCAUUAGCAUUAGUAAACAAAAAACGAAAUAAACUAAACAAGCAAACAAACAAACUAGUAAAACGUAUUCCUAAGGAAGAGAACGUAAGGUUGUUUUUAAAGAGAGGCAUUGGACAGCUUUUCAUUUAUUGAGAACAGUCUCUAGUUUUUAGGCUUUCUUCUUAGAAACCUGAGAGUUAAUUACUGAGGAUAUAUACUCAUAACGGUGUGGUCUUUUACUUAAUUACGUUCCAUAAAACAAUGUUAGCCUAAUAUUUAAUUUUACCAAAUUAGUUUAUUUAAAGAACUUAAUACAAGUGCUCCUAAAAUGAAAGAAUGAACAGCUAAUGGAGAGUGAGCCUUCUCAGAAUUGUAAUUCAAACUGAGUCUUAAGGUACCCACUUGCGGUUUCAGCAAAGCAUAAAUUAUCUAUUAUCAAUUUACAGGUUGUUAAUUACGGUAUUGCUGGACAAUUCGAACCACACGUGGAUCAUGCUAUGGUAAAUAUCCAACUCUGUAUAUCUUUGUCAGUUUCUAAAUUUUUAGUCAACUCAGUCAGGUCAAGUGACGCAACAAUAUCUCAUCUAAAAGUAAACACUUCGCUUAGGACGUCGGCAUACUUUUAUCAUUGUAGUACUUGCCUAGUUCCCAGACCCAAUUAGUCCGCGCGGCCUAUGUUCUGUGCCGUUCGUUUCGCAUACUUGAUCUAGAUAACUGAACGAGAAGUCCUGGGAAAAUGUUGUACAGGACAAGUUAAUGGUAUUUUCAAGUUUGAAGAUGUUUAGUUUAAGCUUAUACUUUUUAAAGUUAUAAUAACUCUCUGAUGACUUUAUGCAAGUAAGGUUCUAUCUGGGUUGACUUCACAAGUUUGAGAUUUAUCAUACACUCUUCCUCUGUAUUUGGUUCAAGCCCUUAUCUGAUUCAUGAUGUUAGGAUGAAUGACGAAGGACUAGCCUGAGAAAACAGCCUACGUUUCGCGACACCACCACUGGUGUCCCCGCGACAUGAAAUCUGAGAAACGAGCAUACUGAUGACGUGUCACUACCCAGAUCUGGGUAAUGCUUGUGAUCGGCUGAAGCAAAUUUCUCACGCGGCUGGACCAAUCAGACUGAGUUAGCACUACCCAGAUCUGGGUAGUGACGCGUCAGUAUUGAGUUUGUGUGCUCUUUUCUCUGACGUAAUUUCGCGGCCGGGGAAACCGCGUCGCGAAAUGUCGGUUGUUUUCCGGCUCAGGCUAACAAAGGAUUAUAGACAUUUAGUAAAUCCAGCUAGUGGUCUAUUCUCAAUGCUGCGGUCUGAUUGGUUGAGCUACUACUAGGCUAUAUGUUAUAGCUUACCAGUAGCGAAAAGCGCCGGCUUUGAAAACCAAAACAAUGGCGGCUGAAUCGCGUUUUGCUAGCUUAAGUUGUUCAGUUUGUCUCGAUAUUUUUGACCAACUAGUUGGGUUUCCGUUUACUAAACCAAUUAUUCCUCUCGCUCGCUGAGUAAAUAGCUAUUGACUCAGAGCCCAUUCGGGCUCGAGGAAUAAUUGUUAAAUAUUUGUCAAUAGGUUUUAUUCCCUUUUAAUAGAACAACAAAUCAGCUAUUCUCAGAAUGGGAAUGGGCAAUAGGAUCGCCACCGUUUUGAUAUAUGUAAGUAUCCCAUAUUAAAGUAGCCACUUUAUUUGAGUGUCAAUGUAUUAAGCACGAAAGUACUAUUUCUACUUCUCCUACUAGAGACGGGGCCGCCAUUUCACGUGGCCAUUCGAGCCACGUGAACGUCUAGCCGUUUGCUCGCAGGGCAAAGUUAGUACCGUUAUUUCUCAGCUAUUUAAAGACCCUGAGUAUUGGUCUUACUCCGGGAAUCGAAACACAACCUCCCGCUCUGCAAUCAUCAAGCGCUUUACCGACUGAGCUAAUCCUGCCGCAAUUGCAGGUUAUGUAUAUAUCUGUGUUCUUGGCUAUUCUAUCAAUGAGGUUAUGAAAUGAGAACAUAUGGCAAAAUCACCUUUGAUAUGAGCUUUGGGUAGAAAUACAGCAGUAAAUAUUUGUUGUGUACUCUCCGUUGCACAAUCCAAAUAAACUUGGAAGUUUUUAAAAUCUUGUUUGCUCAUCAUUUUAGCGUCUUUUGUAUGUUUCCUUAGAUGACAGAUGUGGAAGCAGGCGGUUCCACCGUUUUCCUUGAUGCAAAAACGAUAAUCAAACCGCAAAAGGUGAUUAUUAAAUAACAAACAAAUCAUUUGUACCUGGUAGAACUGAUUCUAAAGAACUAGAAAAGCGUUAUUAAGAAUACUUUCUCUAGGGUUGUUAAUCGUGAUUUGCUUGGUCAAAAGACAUGUGAAUAAAAUUCUACAUGUACAGUGCGCUUGAAGUGAGUGUUUUUCUCGGUGCAAUUCGUUAAAAAAUUAUUGAAUUGGGUAGCCUACUCCAAGCUCCAAGAUAUUAAUGUUCAGAGAUCGUAAGGCGCUAUACCUCCCCUUCCCCAGAUUACGCGUGUCACAUUUUCGGUUGGCUUGUUUCGCACGCGACGUCUCUACUAUUAAGAGCCUGGCACAGGCUAUGAAUUGGGUAUAUUGGGUAUAUGCCUUAGUCAUUAAUUAUUCAUAGCUUUGUUUGGUAGGGCACUGCUGCCUUCUGGUACAAUCUUCUUAAAUCAGGAGAGCCUGAUGCAUCGACACGACAUGCAGCCUGUCCAGUUAUAGUUGGCACAAAAUGGGGUGGGUAUACAUACUCAUCAAUGAUGGCUUGACGUUUUCUCCUCCGAAGAGGCUUCUGUAUGUCAUAAGGAGGACUGGGGAGAGGAAAAAAUUCACCAUUUUCACAUAGACCACAAUGCACCUUGUUUACUCCGCCUUCCCUUAACCCCCCCCCCCCCCCACCCCACCAAAAAAAUUGCAUAACCAUUGUCUUUGAUUCUUGUUGGGGGGACCACUGUAAUACCCAGGAGAAAAAAUAGGGAAAAUGUUUGUGCAAAGAUUUGGGAGGAGAGGGGGCGUUAACAAGUCGCGUAAUGGUCUAUGUGAAAAUGAUGGAUGAAAGCGCGCGGGGGACGACUUCGUCCAGUGCGCCGUUACUUUUUUUAAUUAUUGCUAUUAUUAGAAUACCCAGUGGGGGUUCUGUAGAAGAGAGAGGGCCAGGUAACGAACGUAGGUCCUUUGGCUGUCUGGUGGCUAUUUGGUGUCAAUAGCCCAGUAGUCAUACAAUGUGUUCCUCAGUUCCUAUGUCCAAUAUUUACAAAUGACACAUAUUCCUUCCUUUCAGUGUGCAACAAAUGGAUUCACGAAUAUGGGCAAGAGUUCCGACGGAGAUGUGGCAAAAUUCCUGAAGAAGAGUAA